UGCUUAUUGUUUAUUUCAGUUGGAAACUUGCCUUACCAAACCACUGAACAAGCCAUUGGUGAUCAUUUCAGUCAAGCUGGUCAAGUAACCAAUGUGAAAAUCGUCUGCGAUCGGGAGACAGGCCGUAUGAAGGGCUUCGGGUUCUGUGAGUUCUCUGAUGCUGCUGGAGCCAACAAUGCCGUAAACACCCUCAACGGAGCAGAUUUCGUUGGAAACCUGCCUUAUCAGACCACUGAACAAGACGUGGGGAAUCAUUUCAGUCAAGCUGGCCAAGUAACCAAUGUGAAGAUCGUCUACGAUCGGGAAACUGGCCGUAUGAAGGGCUUCGGAUUCUGUGAGUUCUCUGAUGCUGCUGGAGCCAACAAUGCCGUCAACACCCUCAACGGGGCGGAUUUCGGUGGACGACAGCUUCGAGUAAACUACGCCAACAGGAACUGA